GUUUUGAAACUGCUUACUAUUAAUGUUUUGACAUUACCAUGUGUUUUUAAAUUCAGUAGUGUAUAUAUAUUUUAAAUGUUUAAAUGCAUUGAUGUUUUGCCUGCAGGUAAGUCAGUGUGAGGGUGCCAGAUCUGGAACUGAGGUUACACAUAGCCAUGAGCUGCCUUAUAUCAGCUGGGAUUUGAAAUCAGGUCUUCUGGAAGCCAGUGCUCUUAACUACUGAGACAUCUUUCUAGUCCUAAUAGCUUAUUUUAUUUUAUUUUUAUAAAGUUAGGUGCACAAGAGUUUGUUUAGAAUAGUAAUGUCUUUUUGGGUAACUAGUCCCUUGAUGAGAAUAAGGUGUCUGUCUUUAUCUCUUCUGUUUAGCUUAGUCUAUUUGAAGUCUUUUUUCUUUUCUUUUCUUUUCUUUUUUUUUUUUACCAGAUAUUAGGAUAGUGAUAACUGCCAUUUGUACUCAAAGUCAUUAUUGACAUGUGUGUGUUGUGGUCUUAUGACGUGGAUUUUGGUGUUUGUGCUCUUCAUUGGACUUUGUGUCGUAAUUAUAGCUUUGUAUUUCUUUCUGGUCUCUUCGUUGUCUUUAUUCCUCUCUGCAGCCUUCAGCAUUGGUUCCUGCAUUUUUUCUUUAGGUUUGGUUUGCUAGAUACUAAAAAUUUAAAGUCAUAUAUGUGUUUGUAUGUAUGUAUGUAUGUAUGUAUGUAUAUACAUAUAAUACAUAUAUAUAUACACAUAUGUGUGUGUGUGUGUGUGUGUGUGUGUGUGUGUAUGAGAAAGUUUUUUUCUUUCUCUUGCAACUAUGGUGGAUAGUUUUGCUGGGUAUAUUAGUCUCAAUUUACCUUCAUGAUUGUUUAGGACUUGGACUGUAUUGCUCCAGGCUUUUCUGGCUUUCAAUGUUUUCCAUGAGAAAUCAGCAAUUAUUCUGAUAGGUUUGCUUUUAUAUGUGACUUAUGCUUUUUCUCUUGAAGCUUUUAAUACUCUUUCUUUGUUCUGUAUACUUAGUAUUUUAAUUGAUAGGCCAGCCAUGGGGGGUUUCUUUUCCAGUCUUGUGUAUCUGUCUUCUUGUAUCUGAAUAAGUAUGUCAUUUCUAAGGUUAGGAAAGUUUUUCUCUAUGGUCUUGUUGAACAUCUGGUCUAUGGUGUUGACUUGGGAUUCUUCAUCUAUUCCUACGAUUUGAAGGUUUGGUCUUUUCAUGGUGCCCCACAUUUUCUGUAUGUUUCUUUUUUUUAAUUUUUUCUAUAAUUUUUAUUUAUAUGAGUACACUAUAACUAUCUCAGACACAGCAAAAGAGGGCACCAAAUCUCAUUACAGAUGGUUGUGAGUCACUAUGUGGUUGCUGGGAAUUGAACUCAGGACCUCUGGAAGAGCAGCCAGUGCUCUUAACCACUGAGUCAUCUCUCCACCAUGUAUGUUUCUUUCCAGUGCGUGUGUGUGGGAAGGGGAGUGGGAGGAUUUUAAUUUAGUCUUCUACAAAUAAUAAACAAGCAACUACCACUAAGCUGCAUUCCUAUCCCCCAAACAAUUUAAGGCAAUACUUUUUACAAAUGAUUGCCAGUCUACCAUAUCAGUUAUACUUCAUUUUAAUUUUUCAAAGUUCCUGAGCAAUGUAUACAUGUAUAUUUUGAAGGCUUGUAUGAAAAUAUUGAGUAUAUAACUUUCUACUGAUUUUCCUACUUAAAGUAGCAGUAUCAACAUUUUCCGGCAUUGCUUCACUGUCUUAUAUUUAAUGACUAAUAUAUAAUAUUAAAUACAGUGAACUUACCUAUGUUCACUUUGUAAUUUAGGAUAUUUUAAAUAAUAUGUAACAAGCCAUAAUAAUACUCUAACCAUAUGAAGGAAUCACUGAACACCUUUAGUGGCUUGGGGUGGGUGGAAGAGGCCUAUAAUCCCAGCAUUUAGAAAGCAUAGGGAGAGGGAUCACCAAAAAACAUAAUUCUGGAAAGUUACAUCUCUUCUGAGGAAAUUCCCACCCCAACCUCUAGAAGUAACCGAUAUACUUUUUUUAAAUUAUAUUUAUUUACUUACAUCCCAAACAUUUCCCCCUUCCUGGUCUCCCCCUCACAGAGACCUUGCCUCCAUCCUCCUCCUCCUCUGAGAGGGUGCGCCUACCCAACCCCCCUUCCCUGGUGCAUCAAGUCUCUGUCAGAGUAGGGGCAUCCUCUCCAACUGAGGCCAGACAAGGCAACCUGUUGGGGAACCAAUACCACAGUCAGGUUUAGGGAGAGCCUUCAUUACAGUUGUCCAAUAUUAUUGUUUUCUAUGUAAAUCAUCUUUGUUUUGAAAAUAGUGUUUCUAUUCAGCCAGCCACAUAGCAAGAGCCCAUUUCAAAAUCAAAUAAACAAGAAACCAUUUAGAGAGCAAAUAUCUUCAGGUAACAUAAGAAAAUGAUAAAAUAAAUAUCCUCACAAGAAUCAUGCCAGAGUGGGUAUUAAUUGGGUUGUGACUAAGCACGCACUGAAUUUGUAUUUAGACUCCUUGUUGGUCUAAAGAUCCUAUUUCUCAGUUUGUGUUUAUACUGUAAUGAGUCCUUUUAGAUUGAAGCCCCAGAGACGUCCACAUAAACAUAGUGAUACGGCACAGAGAAGCAGCAGGAUAUAGAAGCAAGCCAGUGGGUCUGGGAUCCAACAGACUUGAGCUGCUGGGUCAAUGUCGAGAUGCUAGUUUCUGCAGAAAUACUUCUUCUCACCAUGGCUCUACUUAGGAUCUAAAGAGCUGGGAACAGCCUAGGAGUCCGUAAGAGAAAACAAGUAAGUCGGGGUAUUCAGUCAUGUUAUGCAGCAAUAAAGAGAGUGAACCGAGAGUUCAGGGGCAAACACAGGUAAAGAGGUUUUACACAAGGAGUCCUCACACACUCUCCCCUAGUAGAAGGAGUCCAGACAGGUGGAGGUGAUUGACUGGCAAACAAAGUACCGGUUCCUUCUGGAGGUUGGGGUGGGACUUUGCCCAGAAGAGACACAGGACCUUUCUGGGAUGCUGGUCAUGUUCUGUGGUGUAACCAGGAUUUGGGCCGUGUGUGUUUUCUGGAACAUGGAUAAUGGCAUUCUUAGGUUUUGUGCUCAAUACUCUUUGUAAAACUUUGCUGAAAGAAGAAAUCUAAAGGGUGGAGAGACACCUCGUUAAUGGUACCACAUAGAAGGCAUUUGCCCUUUAUUUAGCUGUAAUAAAAAUAUAUUCCAAUAGAUGGGGGAUUAUUGAUAGGUAAUUGGGAAGACAGUAAGACAGUAUUACAAAAUAUUUCCUGCAUGAUUAAAGCUUUUCGUAACCAGACAUUGGAAAAUAUCUUUUGAUCUGGGGCAUGUUUGAUAUAGCUUUGAGUUUGGAUUUCUACAAAGUGGGGCCAAUGACUUCUCACAAAACCAAGCAUCUGCUGUCUCAGGCUGCCAUUUUGUGAGCUGCAGUGUUUGAAGACCUGACGGCCCCGCCCAUCAACAGUGGUCUGAAGUACAAUGUGGUUAACUUACUGUUGAUACGAGUGACAGACCGCCUGCCUCCUGGGGGCUGGCUAUAUAUUGAGUGGAAGAACGGCUUUUAAUGUUGGCCUUAAUAGUUCAGACUCCCUCAGUGCAUCCCACAGUGAUACUUUGCCCAAAGGCAAAGGUGAGAGCAGGGACCAAGUGUCAUAGGCAAUCAUAAUUUGGGUUUCGAUAUUUCAAAAAGAGCUUUAGUUAUCUGGCCCAUUUGUGUGUCAGACAUUUCGAGCAGGUACAGCAUGACUGGUGUCCUCCCAGAUGCUAGAAAUACAGGGAUGGAUGAAUGUAUAGAAACCUACAGCUUCCUGCCCUCUUGAAGUUCACAUUCUGGAAAUAAACAUUGCGUUUACAGGGAUCAAUCGGUCUGGCAGAAGGACAAGGUAGCUUUUCCUACCACCCAUACUGAUAGUCAUUGCAGCACAACCAUAACGAAAGGCUAGCUAAUCCAAGAACCCGUAUAACAUUCAUCUUGCUACACUUCUCUGCGGUAUACGGCCCUCCAGAAGGGAAGCUCUGAAGACCCAUGGAAAACUGAUCUCAUCCUUGGGUUCAGUAAAGACUGGACAGGACAGCCAUUGUGGAAAUGCAGAUGGAUUCUGAGGGUGUAGUCUAUUGGUAACAACUGAAAGAGAAACUCGGCAAGACCUGUAUGCUCGGAUUCUUGGUCUUUCUGUGUAGCAUUCCUUCUGAGAAUCUGGCAAGACCCUGCUUGAAGGGAGAAUGGAAAAGGUAACUGUAGUUAUAUUGCCUGCUUCAAAGAAGGGCUCUAGCUUCUAUGAUGAACCUUGGGUAACCAGAAUCCUGAUCUCUAUCACUUGCUUCUGGAUGGGGGUAGGGGGGGGAAGCAGAAGUGAAUCGGCAGAAAGGUGGGACAAAGUCAAACUGUUUCCGAGGGCUGAAAAUACACAGCACAUCCUGGGGCCGCACAGUGGAGUCAAUUUUGAUGUGAAAGAACAAGGUGAGUGUAGACCAGAGCUUGAAAUAGCCAAUGGCCUUCGUCAGGCCAACCAUGAGACGAGAAGCAGAUUCAGAUGCCAGGAGGCAAUGUAGUCAGUCCGGUUGGUUCUUUAUUCUUGACUUCUGAUUUAUACCCACAGAGUCUUUGAAUAGUGCAGUUACAUAGAGCUGAGCAUGAGUCGCCAAGCUGCUUACAAUCAUAAUAAGGUGUUCUGGAAGUGGGUUUGUCCUGUGCCUACUCAAUUGCCCCAGCAAACAAUCCAGCACUUCCUGCUAACAGGAAGCGGGGGUGGGGUGGGGGUGGGGAGCCGUCAUAAAACAAAGCAUUUGUACCAGUCAUCCACAGCAAGAACAUUUGUCCCACCCCACGCAAAGUUCAUUACAGGUUCCCAGCGAGGGAUUGAGACGAACCGAUAAAUAUAUAUUCACAGAUAAAACCUGCCAACUCUGUAACACACGUGGGGACAAGCAAAAGCAGUUUCUUCAGCCAUUUUGCAUCAUGAGUUCUUUGGUCUUGCUAUAUUGAUCUUCUCUGAGCUUCUACUGGUAAUGAUCAAUGCUCCUUGAAUGGUAAUUGGAUUAUAGUUGACUGUUUCCAUUUGCUCCUGACUUUCGAAGCCUAAUAAAGAAAUGUCUAGGGAUGAGGGAAGAGGUGUUCAAAUGAUGCUAAUGAAAAACUUAAUGACACAAACUGUGUGCAAAAUAAGCAAACACAGGUCACUGCCCAGACAAGUGCAGACCUGCGUUCCCUUGCAGGUAUGGCUAAUAUGAGAAUCUGUGUUUCCUGGUAUCUUUUAAGGUCAAGAAGAACGAAAGAGUGUUGGAUGGGGCUGGAAUGUUAGAAUGCAGGAGAAUUCCCCUCUGUUCCUGACUAGCUUUGAAGAGUUUGAGAGCACUGGGUGUAUUUGUUUGUUUGUUGUAACUCUGGCACUCCGAAGUAGGCUAGCGCUCUACCCCCGAGCUACAACCUGCUCUGAAAAGCCUAGGCAAGUUAUUUGACUCCCAUUUUCUCUAACGAGCUUUAUUUUGGGGAAGCAUCACUUGAGGUCACACAUUCAGCAUAAUUUUGGUCUUAUAAAGUACUUCAUACAUUUAAGUUUUUACCCCAAAGAUUUCUAAGGUGAUGUCACAGCCUUCUCAGUGGAUAUGAUUUGCUAAGUACAGAGGGAUGGUAAAAUAUGUCAGUCUGUCUGACUGUUUAUAUAAGUACACAUUCACAAACCAGUAAAACACCCCUCCCUCUGGUGCCCUGAUUUGUUUCAUGUUACAACAGCUCCAGUCAUCUCUGAAUUCCGAGUAUUCUCCCGCCAGCCAAGCCAAGGAACAACCUGACAGAAGAUCCUCUGUUUGCUCCUCGCUUUCAGGUCAACUGUGCAUUUUUAAAAGGACUAUCUUGCUAUAAACUCAGGCUAGACAGUGUUUAAAGACUCGAUGCAUUUGGGGUUGGGAGCAGGCCUUCAUCCGUCCCACAGGUCUAGAGAGAAAGCUCUGCUAGGCAUUUACCUAGACGCAAAUCCCGUUGAAACGAAAAAGUUUUACUCUUUGUUUAAGCUGAAGAGUGUCGUGGCUUUCAGGGUAACAGGAUUGCUAACAGAAGAAAAAUUAAUACUUUUCCUUCUGGUAUGCCUUUACAUAAAGUGUUCCUCUUCGGCAAGAAUAACUGAUACCAUCUGUGGGCGUUUGUUCCCCACUCGUGGCUUGCAGACUUGCAUUUAAAUCUGCAUGCUUCUUUUUCUAAGCUGCUUUUCAAAUUGCGGGAACACAAGAGCUAGCCUUAGCCGGUGGCCAAACACUGCCUUUGAGUCCGAAGUCUUUUUAACCUCUUGCUUCCAACUUGCAUCUAAAGGCAAAACAAUCCUGGAGACACGGCCCUCCCCCUGCCUGUGAUAGGCUGCUUGGAAUAGCAACAGCCUGUGUCACCGAAAAGGGCAAAGCCUUCGGAAAUAGAAACAAAGUUGGUUACAAAUCACACUGGCUUUGCCCGAAGGUCGCCCCCCCUCCAACCCCUCCCACUCUUCUUUAGCAUGCUGCCCAUGGGGACAGUGACCAUUGCUGUCAGCGCGGUAGGUCGGGGUGGUCCGGUGGCGAGGGAGAAGCUGUAAGUCCAACGGUGACCAUGGUACCUGUUGAAAACACAGAGGGCCCCAAUCUGCUGAACCAGAAGGGGAGAGAGGCGGAGACCGACGGCAGCUGUGGAGCCAGUGGCGGCCGGCAUCCUGCCUGCGCGGGAGGUCCCGGCAUGUUUACAUUCUUGACAUCUGUUACCGCAGCCAUCAGCGGCCUCCUGGUGGGUUAUGAACUUGGGCUCAUCUCUGGGGCUCUUCUGCAGAUCAGAACACUCUUAGCCCUGACCUGCCAUGAGCAGGAAAUGGUUGUGAGCUCCCUCCUCAUCGGGGCAUUCCUCGCCUCUCUCACCGGAGGCGUGCUGAUAGACAGGUACGGAAGAAGGCUCACCAUAAUCCUGUCGUCCUGUCUCCUAGGACUCGGAAGCUUAGUCUUGAUACUGAGCUUGUCCUACACACUUCUUAUCACGGGACGUGUUGCUAUAGGGGUUUCCAUCUCCCUGUCUUCCAUUGCCACAUGUGUGUAUAUUGCAGAGAUUGCCCCCCAACACAGAAGAGGACUUCUUGUGUCGCUGAACGAGCUGAUGAUUGUCACAGGUAUCCUCUUUGCCUAUAUUUCAAAUUACGCAUUCGCCAACAUCUCCAAUGGUUGGAAGUACAUGUUUGGCCUCGUGAUUCCCCUGGGUGUUCUGCAAGCAAUUGCUAUGUACUUUCUUCCUCCAAGUCCUCGUUUCCUGGUGAUGAAGGGACAAGAGGAGGCUGCGGGCAAAGUCCUCAGGAAGCUAAGAGUGAUCUCAGACACUGCUGAAGAACUCACUUUGAUCAAAUCUUCCUUGAAAGAUGAGUAUCAGUAUAGUUUUUGGGAUCUGUUUCGCUCCAAGGACAACAUGAGGACCAGAAUCCUGAUAGGUCUGACACUAGUAUUUUUUGUCCAAACCACCGGCCAACCAAACAUACUGUUCUACGCAUCGACUGUCUUGAAGUCUGUUGGCUUCCAGAGCAACGAGGCAGCUAGCCUUGCCUCCACAGGGGUUGGCGUGGUCAAGGUGGUUAGCACCAUCCCAGCAACCCUCCUUGUGGACCACGUUGGCAGCAAAACCUUCCUCUGCAUCGGCUCCUCUGUGAUGGCUGCUUCACUGUUGACCAUGGGCAUUGUGAAUCUCAACAUCAACAUGAACUUCACCAACAUCUGCAGAAGCCAUAGUCCUCUUAACCAGUCCCUGGAGGAGUUGGUGUUCUAUGCAACAGGAAACCUGUCCGUUAGCAAUAGCAGUCUCGGGGAGCACCUUAAAAGAGUCACUCCCUAUAGCAAGGGCUUGUUUAUUCCCCUGGGGAAUGGCAUGGAGCCCAAAGGGGAGAUGGCCUUCACAUCUUUACCAAAUGCUGGACUGAGCCGAACUGACCGCCAGGGAGUCACGGACCCUGCAGUCGUCCCAGCUGUUUACAAAUGGCUGUCCCUGGCCAGCUUGCUUGUUUACGUGGCUGCGUUUUCAAUUGGUCUGGGACCCAGUCAUCACUUCCUAUCUCAGUGCAAUAGAACAGACUUCCCCUCUGUGGAGAAUCCAGAUCGAUUUUGGAAACAAUCAGUGGGUUCAUGGCUUCUGCUCCCUUAAAAGUGCCUUGGCUGGUGCUCAGUGAGAUCUUUCCCGGUGGAAUUAGAGGCCGUGCCAUGGCCCUGACUUCUAGCAUGAACUGGGGGAUCAACCUUCUCAUCUCCUUGACAUUUCUGACGGUGACUG